UGGAGUGGUCCAGGGCGGCGAGUCCCUGGUGGUUUGGUGACUCGGGCUAGCCCCUUUGGUCUUUCCUGACUUCCCGGGCCUUUGGGCCCGCAUCCUGCAGAGAUGCCGAAGGUCAAGUCGGGGACGAAAGGCCGCCGCCAGGAGCGGCAGGAACAGCGCCGGCAGCUGAAAAACGCCGGAGGACUGAUGUUCAACACGGGGGUUGGGCAGCACAUUUUGAAAAAUCCUCUCAUUGUUAACAGCAUUAUCGAUAAGGCUGCCUUAAGACCAACAGAUGUGGUGCUAGAAGUUGGACCUGGAACUGGCAACAUGACUGUAAAGCUGUUAGAAAAGGCAAAAAAGGUAGUUGCCUGUGAACUUGACCCAAGGCUAGUAGCUGAACUUCACAAAAGAGUUCAGGGCACGCCUCUGGCCAGCAAACUUCAAGUAAUGGUGGGUGAUGUGUUGAAAACAGAUUUGCCAUUCUUUGAUGCUUGUGUGGCAAAUUUGCCUUAUCAGAUCUCGUCUCCUUUUGUUUUCAAGCUGCUGUUGCACCGACCUUUAUUCAGAUGUGCUAUACUUAUGUUUCAAAGAGAAUUUGCUCUCCGACUGGUUGCAAAACCUGGAGAUAAGUUAUACUGCAGACUCUCAAUUAAUACACAGCUGUUAGCACGUGUGGACCAUCUAAUGAAAGUCGGAAAGAAUAACUUCAGACCACCACCCAAGGUAGAAUCCAGUGUUGUAAGAAUAGAACCUAAGAAUCCGCCACCACCUAUUAAUUUUCAGGAAUGGGAUGGCCUAGUAAGGAUCACCUUUGUUAGGAAAAAUAAGACACUGUCUGCUGCAUUUAAAUCAAGUGCAGUGCAACAGCUGUUGGAAAAAAACUACAGAAUUCACUGUUCGGUCCACAACACUAUAAUACCAGAAGAUUUCAGCAUAGCAGAUAAAAUACAGCAAAUCCUAAUCAGCACAGGUUUUAGUGACAAACGGGCCCGUUCCAUGGACAUAGAUGACUUCAUCAGAUUGCUACAUGGAUUCAAUGCAGAAGGUAUCCAUUUUUCCUAGGUAGUUGGAAAACAAUUUUUCAAGGUCAAGAUAAGAAAAGAAACAAAUUACAUAUUUUUAAUAUUUGAGAAGAUGGAACUAUGCUUUUGCUCCACUGGGACAUUAUUUGCUUGACUAUUUUGAUUUAAUACUACUGUUGUCACCACUUAUUAUUCUGAAUUUUUAAGGUGGUCAGUUCUAAGUACCUAAGUCUUUCUGGUUUGGGUGUUUGGGUUUGUUUUCUAUAUAACAUAAGGCAAGGUCCAGUCUACACAUAAUAACCUUCAAGUUCAAGAGCCGCAGGUACGCACAACUUUAUAUUUAAACUUAUCAUUUCUAACAGUUUAUUGUAUAAAGAAGUUACUUUUCUAUUUACUGUGUUAUAUUCUCUGAGGCCCUCUUUAGGCCUUCAGCUCUGUCCCUUAAGUAGUAAAAAAGUUAAAAUAUGCUUAACUAGUCACAUAUUCCCCAUGCUAUUUCUUAUUAUUCAUAUGUACAGUAAAACAGUUAUUUCUUCAGAUGUUUUCAUUUUGCUUCUCUUUUUCUUUGCCCUGUAUAUCCUAUACAGUUUCUUCUAUUAUUGCCUACCUCUUCAGCUAUCCUGUUGUAUGACAGAUUGCAUCAGGGUUUCUGGGUAAACUUGAGUCUUUUACUGCUAGCAUGCAAAGCCAGGCAUAUUCUGGGCAUGACUCCUUACCUGUAAAAUGAGGAAGCUCAACUAGAAUGAAAUUAACCAUAAAAUUAUAUGUUUUCUUCUUCGGGAGAUAAUCAUAGGUUUAGUAGAAUUUUAAAGAGCUUUGUAAAUCAAACUUGGUUUGAUAGUUAAAAAUCUCUGCCUUCAACUUCAAAUAAAACAGCCAUUUCCCUACAACUACAGAUUCCUAGUAUUGAGAAUUUUAAUAGAUGUCAUAAGUUUUAUAAGCUACUAUGUUAAAAUCAAUAUAAUACUGUACUGUUAAUAUAAUUUUUAAUAAAGAAUUAUAGUAGCUAUUUUAUUUAUAUAAGAAAAUUAAUAAAAAUAUCUUCACUGA